CCUCCGUUCUCUAAGCUCAUUGGAUGCUGGCCGAGUUGCCUGUCACUGCUCCCCACCAACCAAGCGAGAAACCGGCCGUUAGUCACCGGCCGUAUAACCGUCUCUCUCAUUGGCCCAAUUCGAGCGGGCGGAGGAGGCAGUUGAGCCCUAACUGGGGGAUUGGGCGGGCGAGCCGAGGCGGCGCCGCGAUGGCGACGAGGAGCGUGGUCUUCGUCACGGGCAAUGCCAAGAAGCUGGAAGAGGUGAUUCAGAUCCUAGGUGACUCCUUUCCAUACAGGCUGGUUGCAAAGAAAAUAGACUUGCCUGAGUACCAAGGGGAACCUGAUGACAUUUCUAUCCAGAAGUGCCAGGAAGCAGCUAAGCAGAUCCAGGGACCAGUUAUUGUCGAAGAUACUUGUUUGUGUUUCAAAGCCCUUGGAGGACUCCCAGGGCCGUAUAUAAAAUGGUUCCUAGAGAAGCUGAAACCAGAAGGGCUGUACAAACUGUUAGCAGGAUUUGAAGAUAAAUCUGCUUAUGCUCUCUGCACCUUUGCCUAUAGCACUGGAAAUCCAGAUGACCCAGUGAAGCUGUUCAAAGGCCAGACUCAGGGACAUAUAGUUGACCCAAGGGGACCUAGAGACUUCGGAUGGGAUCCAUGCUUCCAGCCAGAAGGUUAUGAUAAGACCUAUGCAGAAUUACCCAAGUCAGUGAAGAACUCAAUCUCUCAUCGUUACAAAGCCCUGAAAGAACUGUCUACCUAUUUCUCUCAAGAGCACAACUUGACAGAGGCCACAUCUUGUCCCAGUUAGCCUGCCUGGGUCUAUGAGAUCCCGUGGCUUUUGUACAGAAAAUUGUAUUUGAAGUUGGAGAUCGACGUUUACUUGCCUGCACAGAUCAUGUCCAAUAAUUUUAAUUUUCUUUAAA